AUGGGCAAGAAAAAUAGUAAGCUCAAGCCGAAACAACUCAGUGAUUUGGUAAAGCAAACCGAAUUCACUGAAGCUGAAAUCCAAGAAUGGUACCGUGGUUUUCUCAACGACUGUCCGUCUGGGCAUCUGACAGUGAAAGAAUUUAAAGCAAUUUAUGCAAGUUUCUUCCCGUACGGUGAUGCUACCAAAUUUGCUGAGCAUGUUUUCCGGACGUUCGAUUCCAAUAAAGAUAACACAAUUGAUUUCCGCGAGUUUUUGUGCGCGCUCUCGGUAACUAGCCGCGGCAAGAUUGAGCAGAAGCUGCGUUGGGCUUUCAACAUGUACGAUCUGGAUGGUGACGGAUAUAUCACAAGGGACGAAAUGCUUGAAAUAGUCAAGGUUAAUUCUUUUCAUUCCACUACCACUGGAAUCAUAAAGUCGUUUUAA